AUGAGUAAUGAUGUGGACAUGGAAAACAUGUUUUCCAUUGCAAGGUCCAUUGGUGUUACCCAUAUCAACGUUGCGAUUGACUCGCAAAAUGAGGUGGAUUAUUUGAUUCGAGGUAAUCAAUUCGAUGGGACUAUAUCCGCAAAUCAAAUGGAUCCUAACAUUGAACAAUUACCGAGUCCCAAAACUAACGUAGAUUUGUUGCCCAAUUAUUGUCGCCACAGUGAGAAAACGUUGAUGACAGUUGAUUGGUCACACGACAUUAGUCACGUAGGCCAAUGUUUCGAGAGGGGUGUUGCUGCUUUUCGUUUGGUUCUGUCCAAAUAUGCUAUUAAGUGCGGGUUUGACUUCAAAUUCGUGAAAAACGAUUCCGUACGGGUCAUAGCUGUGUGCACGUUGCGAGAGCAAAAAAGGUGUACAUGGUUGAUACAUGGAAGGGUUCAAAUAUGCAAUGGAUACUUUUACUUGAAGAGGUUGAACAACUUGCAUAAUUGUGGUGUUGUUGUUCGCACUGGGAAGAAUAGUAGACUCAACUCUGAAUUGGUUUGCAAUGUUAUUGGUGAUCGGUUACGUGAUAAGCUGCUUACACGUCCCAUUGACGUUGUGUUUGACCUACAAAAGGAGUACAGACAGAAUUACAACCCUGGGAGUUAUGUCAACUUGGAUUUCAAGCAGUCAAUCGGUCGAUUUAAGCGAUUCUUCAUAUCAUUUAAAUCUUGCAUUGACGAAUUCAACCAUAUCUGCCCAUUAUUGUUUCUUGAUGACAUUUUUUUGAAAGGGAGAUUUAAAGGCAAUUUGCUUGCAGCGACGGGAAAGGAUGGCAACAAAGGUUUAUUCCCAUUAGCUUUUGCUAUUGUUGACUCCAAAACGACUGCAAAUUGGACUUGGUUUUUACACCAUCUGACAAACGUUGUCAGUAGUGCUCGCACAUUAACUUUCGUAUCUGAUCAUAAUGCUGGGUUGCUUGAAUCCUUGCCUACUAUAUUCCCAUCUGCACACCAUGCGUACUGCUUACAACAUAUCCAAGCAAAUUUGAGGGACAAAUUACGAUGGGUUGACAAUCGUGUCCAUUUUGGUUUAAUGGCCAAAUUGCGUGAAUGUGCAUAUGCUCCAACUGAGGCUUCGGGCAAAUGGUAUUGGGAGAUGACCUUGAACGUUGCAGAAUCGUUUAAUAAAUGGAUACUUGAUGUCCGUAAUUACCCAAUCACAAGGUUGGUUGAUACAAUCAGAAAUCAGAUAAUGACUAUGAGGGCUGAGCGUAAAUUAUUAGCUACUAAUUGGAAUGGAUUACUUUGUCCAAAAAUGGAAAGCCGUGUUAGGGAGACGUACUCCAAUGGUUGCACAUGGGUUGUUAGCUAG